CAGUGUAGGGCUGUUCCAGGACUUGCCAACGAGGCGCUGCUGAACGCUGCUGAACGAGGCAUCACCUAGGCACUGAUCGAGCGUAAUAUGGCGCUGCCCGGCCAGCAAACGCCCGAUGGCGUGCCCAGCUUUAAGCUCGUGCUGGUUGGCGACGGUGGAACAGGCAAGACCACCUUUGUCAAGCGCCACCUGACGGGAGAGUUUGAGAAGAAGUAUGAGCCCACCAUCGGCGUGGAGGUGCACCCGCUGGACUUCACCACCAACCGCGGCAAGAUACGCUUCUACUGCUGGGACACGGCGGGGCAGGAGAAGUUUGGGGGCCUGCGCGACGGCUACUACAUCCACGGCCAGUGCGCCAUCAUCAUGUUUGAUGUCACCUCCCGCCUCACAUACAAGAACGUGCCCACCUGGCACCGAGACCUGUGCCGCGUGUGCGAGAACAUCCCCAUUGUGCUGUGCGGCAACAAGGUGGAUGUGAAGAACCGCCAGGUCAAGCCCAAGCAGGUCACCUUCCACCGCAAGAAGAACCUGCAGUACCACGAGAUCAGCGCCAAGUCCAACUACAACUACGAGAAGCCCUUCCUGUACCUGGCCCGCAAGCUGGUGGGCGACCCCAACCUGCACUUUGUGGAGCAGGUGGCGCUGGCGCCCCCAGAGGUGCAGAUCGACAUCCAGCAGCAGCAGGAGUACGAGAAGCAGCUGCAGGAAGCUGCCAACAUGCCGCUGCCCGACGGCGACGACGACGACAUUGCGGAGUGAAGCAGCGGCCUGGCGUCUGGCAGGCCCGCGGCAGCCGUGCUGGCGGCCUGCUGCGGGCGGGAACUGCGCAGCCUGGCGCGUCGGCAGCUUUGUUUAAAGCUUGUUCUUGCCAGCUCUUGAAUCCCCCCCUCCUUUGGUUCUGACGCCCUCCGCCAUGUGUUGCGGCGCCAGUUGCAUGUAGCGUGUGGCACAACUGGGAGAUGCUUGUGUAACCGGCACAGUGGC